AUGAAGAUUCCUUUUGCACUUGCUAUCCUAUCUCCUCUCUUCUUUUCGACAUCUGCAAAAACCGUGCUUGAUGUCGAACCAAUAUACAUCGGCGAUGUAUUCUAUCCACCCUCCAUGUAUUUCCUAGCAUGGACACCAUCCACACCAUCUGUAUCCAAAGAAGUAACCCAAUCAUCAAAAUCAACCUCGCCAGAAUGGUGUCGCACCGCAAUCGACAUAUCGGACCGCGCCAAUUUCUCCAUUGCGCACCCGCAAUUCACACGUGGAAAUCUCACCAAUUUGAGAUUUCACAAUUAUUUCUCUGAGGAUGCAUAUAUCGAGAGAAAUGGAAAGAGAUGGGGAGAAUGUUACGUUACGCCUGAGAGUGGAGAUGUAGGGGUAUGUGGAAACGGAGAUCGAUGGCUUGGAAGGGGAAAAAGGACGUGGAGUUGCUGGCCCGUUAUUGAGGAUGUUCCGCAUCAUCAUGUUAUGGGACAGGAACAGCAAGAGCUGGAUAUUGGGAGUAUGAGUUUGAGUGUUGGGAGUGGUUAUACAGGAGCUAUGGAACGUUCUACGCAGGCUCAAGAAACUGGGGGACCGUUGGGUAGUGAGGUUAAGGAGGCUUUUACGGCGGUUAUGACGGGGUCGAACUAUUAA